UUUUCUUUACAACUAGCGGACGUCUAUACUCUUUUGAAAGGCUUCGCCAAACUGCCAGAGCUCCCAAAUAGAUCAGAUAGUGAAGGAAAGAGAAGGUUGAAUGGCGCCGUGGACCGUAGCGGUGAGGCUGAGUGAAGUGGCUGACAGAGGACUAGCCUGAGCAGCAACAAGGCUUUGUUUUUACCCCCGACAUAUUACACAGGAAGCCUGAAGCCCGCUCGCGACAGUGGCUUUGACAGCCAUUGUUUACAAAGACGUCACCCUGAAGCGGAUAGCAGGGCUUUGCACCGGCCGAAUGGAGCGUCGGCGCCGCCACACUGUGCCGAUCCCCGCGGUGUGAGACACGAUUGAAGCCUACAUUGUUUCAAAGUUUCCACAUUGUUCAGUCGUUGGCGGUUGGUGCCUCCUCUUCCUCCCCACCUUCCACCCACCUGGCCACCCAUCCGCCAUGUCGCAAGGUCAGAACUUCCUCCCUAAAUUCCUGUUUGUGUCCAACCUGCUGAAGGCGGUGAAGAUCCGUCAGCGCGUUCCCAACGAUGUAGUGAAGCCGGCUGCCAGCGGAGGCCUGAUGCACCACCUGCGGGGUAUGCACCGUUACACUCUGGAGAUGAUCGCCAUGAACCACUUCCCGCAGGCCUUCAGGGAGGUGGUGCAGGCCGCCAUCCUGGACCGAGCCAUGCAGGCGUCUUUGGAGCAGGAAAAGAAGCUGAACUGGUGCCGCGAGGUGAAGAAGAUGGUGCCGUUACGUACCAACGGAGAUGGGAACUGUUUGCUCCAUGCAGCCUCUCAGUACAUGUUGGGUGUUCAGGACACAGAUCUGGUGCUGCGGAAAGCCCUUCACGGUGUUUUGAAAGAGACAGAUACUGGCAUAUUUAGAGCUCGCUUUCAGGCAGAACUGGUUCAGUCCCAGGAGUUUACCCAGACUGGACUCCGAUACACCACCACGAACUGGGAGGAGGAAUGGGAAAAGAUAGUUAAGAUGGCCUCUCCGGUCUCCAGUAGCAAUGGCCUUCAGUUUGACUCUCUGGAGGACAUUCACAUCUUCAUCCUCUCCAACAUUCUUCGCAGACCUAUCAUCGUCAUCGCAGAUCAGGUGGUCAGGAGUAUGAAGUCAGGUUCCUCCAUUUCUCCGCUGAAUGUGGGUGGGAUUUAUCUUCCACUACACUGGCCUCCCACUGAGUGCUACAAAUACCCAAUUGUACUCGGCUACGACUCGCAGCAUUUUGCUCCUCUCAUCACUAUCAAAGACAGUGGCCCAGAGAUUCGAGCUGUACCGCUGAUCAAUCCAGGCCGGGGUGGCUUUGAGGAGCUCAAAGUUCACUUUCUGAUGGAGAAAGAACAGCAACAGAAAGACAGGCUUCUCAAAGAUUACCUGCUACUAAUUGAGAUCCCAGUCAUCGGCUUGGGCUACGAUGCUACACGUAUCAUCAACGCUGCACGGCUGGAUGAGGGCAACCUUCCUGAAGACAUGAACCUGAUGGAGGACUACCUGCAGCUGGUCAACCACGAGUAUCAGCGCUGGCAGGAGGACAAAGAGCAGGCCUGGGCCGCCCAGCCACAGCGUCCUCCACCCUUCUCUGUUUCCCAACUCUCCCUUAUCGAGAUCCGCUGUGCCACACCACGCUGCACCUUCUAUGUCUCUGUUGACACACAGCCUCAUUGCCAUGAAUGCUUCGAGAAGCGGCAGGCCACUACCGGUGGAGGAGCGAGGAUAGAAGGCGUGGUUCAGACAAAGGGUGGAGGGGUACAAGGGGUUGGGGGGAUGGGGGGAUCAGAGACUGAGGUGAGUUCCAGAGGAGCCAGAAGCAGCAGUCCCCCGUCGUCCUCUUCUGGGAGAGGGGUAGUGUUGUCCAGUCCUCGCUCUGCCCCACCCACCGCUCCCAGCCUCAGCCUGUACAGUGAAACACACGCCAUGAAGUGCAAGACACCAGGCUGCCUCUUUACCCUAAGUGUGGAGCAUGAUGGACUUUGUGAGCGCUGCUUCAACUCCAGGCAGAACCAUGGACCUCCUGGAGCUGGAACGGCUGCUACAGGACUUCCAGGCCCUAAUGGGGGGCCGAUAGUCGCACACACAGGCCAGGGCUCUGGCUGGACCCAGUGGGGGGGUUGUGAGACAGAGACAGAACGUUGCAGCAUGUGCAGACAGGAGGCGUUCAGGAUAUUCAACGGCCUGUGUCCACCCUGCAUGCAGAGACAGCAGGCUCCAGAGAGAGGGGAGCCGCCGCAGAACAACCCCAGGACUGAGGCCUCAUCUUCAGCUUGGAGUCAGGCCAGGGACGCUGAGCGACCCUGCCUCACCCUUACCCCGGGGCACACCUCCGCCUGGCAGGCACCUCUGGCUCGGCCUUGUAAAAGAUCUGGGUGCCAGUUCUUUGGAACGCCAGAGAAGUUGGGUUUCUGCACUAUUUGCUACGUAGACUAUCAGACAAACCACCACCUGACUCCUCCUCCUGCACCGGUUCAGAGCCGGCAUGGUGUGGAAGCAGGUUUCCAGAAUGCCUCACGGUGUCGCGGGCCUGGCUGUGGAGCGGUUGGUAAGGCCAUGCUGGAGGGUUACUGUGACAAGUGCUAUGUCAAAGAGCAGAGCGCAAGACUCAACCAAGUGGCACACCGCACACCACACUCUCCUCCUCUGGUCAUGCGUGACCGAGCAGCCAAACCCAGAUCUUCACAGCAAUCCCAGACCCAGGCCCAGACUCAGUGCCGUCGAAGUGGGUGCAGCAAUGUGUCCCCGGGUUGCACAGACCUCUGCCCAGAGUGCCACACGCGUGGCCAGGGCAGGGAGGGAGGCAGGCGGGCGCAGGCGCCCAAAGAAAAGUCAAAGCAGCGGUGCCGGACACAGGGCUGUGACCACUACGCCAACCAAGAGAAACAGGGCUACUGCAACGAGUGUGACCACUUCAAACAGAUUUACCGCGGCUGACCCCAUGUGCAACGAUGACGAUGGCGACACAUCGCUAGCACGCUAGAGCCGCCGCCCUGCUCUGGGCGCCCAUGCCAGUCAAUGCACCUCUGAUACUAACUAACCAACUAACUAACUAGCUAGUGACUAACUAGUACCUUAUGGCCUGAAAAUCGACCCCUCCCCCAUGUAGAAUGUGAAGCGAGAGUGCGUGUACGUGGGGGAGGGGGUGAGUGUGUGUGUGUUCACAUUAGACAUGGCCUCCAGAAUACCUCUUUGUGCAAUUAUUAUCAUCUGACGUGCCGUGUGCAGUUACACGGUGAGAGGUGUGGCUACAUGUCAGAGCAACUGACUUUUGUGUACAAUAUGUAUUUAGAGGUACGCAGUGAAUCGUGCCGGACAAAAUGAUUGUAUGUUGACAUAACAAGAAGCAUCUGACAUUGCUUUCUAGACCACAGCCAAGGAUUUAUACCCCCUGUCAGUCUGUUUGUCUGUCCGUCUGUCUGUCUGUCUUAAUCCAUCUGUAUAUCUGUCUGCCUGUCUGUCUAGCAUUUGCUCUACAGAGUGAGGGAUGCAGUAACUGGGGAUGCCCAGCAACAAACCUGUGGAAGUAGAAAGCAGAAGUGAGCCCAACUAGGCUAAAAAAGCAUUUUCAACUUCAGUGAAGUGCAUAAUAGGAAUUUAAAUGGUAAUUGACACCGUUGAGCUCAGUUCCUCAAAAUUACACAUAUGUUUCUCUUUAAAAAUUACAAAAAAGCCAAAAAGUCAAUUACACAAUAAUGAAGAAAUAAUUCUUCCAAUUAUCAGACACUGUUAGUUUAUAUAAUUUUUGUCAAAUAAGCAUUUUUUCUUGGUUGAUACGGAAAGUAAGGAAAGACCAGUGCAAGACAGACAGGGCAGGCCCCUGCUAGUUUUGGUGCUACAUGUACAGAAAUAAAAGCCUCUUCAUUGUAGCCAACAUGCUGGCGGUGUCAGCGGGCAGAAGGCAGAGAACACAGUAGAGACAGGACUCAUCUUCUUUCUAUUCCGCCUUUACUUCCUCUUAUUUCCCUUUUCCUCUCUAAACCAGAUCUGUUGCCUUGGUCCUUGUUUUCCUGUUUACUGACCACUCUAGCACCUAGAAACACACAUACAGACACAAACACAGAUACCAACACAUGCACAUGAAUGCACGCACAAAUGCUUUUGCUCCUGUCCUAUCAAAAGGGUGUUACAACCAUAGAGAGAAUUCAGUACAUCAUGACAUCUCACACACAAACAUGCACAUAAAUACACACACACAGCUCUGUGAGAUUGUAUCUGCCCCACCUUAGUCUGAGGUGAUGUAGGCAAACAAAAUGUAUUCCUCUUCUUUGCUCCACCCACUGGAUGUGCCAAGGCGACAAUUUCAAAUGUUCAGACAGCAAUCCCAUUGCCUGCUUUGGCCAAUCUUGUUUAUCUGAAUGUGUUUGUGCUGCUGCUAUAGCAGCACACUAUUGGGGCUGAUCCUCGAUAAAUUUUGCCUUUAAGUAGUGAUUGAAAUUUCAUGGACCAGAGGGGCCUGAUCACUGAUCCUGGAUCAGUGCUCCCACUUAUAAAUGCUUUGUGAAUAUGGAUCAUGGUCCAUAUUGUCGGACCUUCCAACAUGAUGCCUCAUCUCUAAUACACACAUGUCCACAAUGCACAUAGUUGUGCAUCUGGAAUACAACUGACAUUCCUGUUUUUGUUUUGACAUUUUUUGGGGAUUUUUAAUGUAUUUUAAUAUAUUUGAUUUGGUUUCUGCCAAAAAUACACGUGCCAUCAACCACCAAACAAUUGUUGUUACCUCCUUAAAUAUGGACAGCCUGGACCAUUCUACACUAACUAGAGUACCAUAGGUAGACAUCUCCAGCUCUCUGUAACCACUGAGUAAAACCUCUGAAGCUCUAUCAUGACAAAAGGCCCUGAUGGGUACAGUUUUUCUGUAAAAAAAAAAAAAAAAAAAAAAAAAAAAAAGUUAAAAAGAAAAAAUACUACUGAAAUAACUUGCCAACCAAUCAUUUU